AUCCCCGACGGCUCCCCGACGCCCGCCGAGUGUGCCAUGGCGGUGGCCGCGCCGCUCCGGGCGCUGUUGCGCGGCCGCGCCGCCCCCGUGGCGCAGGAGGCCCUGCGGCCCGGCGCCUGCACCGCCGCGCGGCGCCUGCCGCCCUUGGGCCGCUCCGGAGCGCCCGCCCGAGGUGGCUCCAGACUCCCCCGGCGGCACUUCUGCGCCGGCCCGGGCGGGGUGGCCGCGCCCGCGGCGCCCGUGCCCGAGCUGGUUGCGCUGCUGCGGGAGCUGCGCGCGGCCGCAGGGGCGGCGGGCGCGAAGGACGAUGCGCCGGCGGGGGGCGGCGAGGGCGGCGCGGGCUGGGCCGCCGAUGGCCAGGCGCGCGUGGAGGCCGCGAAGCCGCAGCUCCAGCGCGUCCUGGCGGAGGCCCCCGUCGCCUCGCGCCUGGAGCUCCUGCGCCCCCUGGCGGCCCUCGCGGCUCUGCCGGGCCGGCCCUACGCCGUGGCGUCCUACAUGCUGCUGUUCCUGGAGGAGUACACCCGGUCCCUGGGGGCCCUUCGCGAUGGCGAGACCAUCUCGGACCGGGCCGCGGAGAUUCGGGAGGUGCUCCUGUGCUUCCACCGGUCUGGCAUCGCCGCAGACAGGAUCCGGCUGCUGCACGAGCACGUGGCGCAGGAGUUCCCGCGCUUCGAGGCCGCCGGCGCCCUGCUCCCCAUGCCUGCGGCGGUGCGGCUCUGCCACACCAUGCUGGCCACGGGCCUGAGCGCCCCGGCGGCGGUGGUAGUGCUGCUGCGCUCCGCGCUGCGGGAGCCGCUGCUGCACGUGGCGGACGACGCCCCCGAGCUGCGGGGGCUGAAGACGAUCGAGAUGCUGCUGCGGCUCGACUUCCUGCACACCCUGGAGCAGCUCCCGAAGGACGUGGCCGAGUACCUGUCCGUGGUGCGGAGCCUCCGCUACUACGACCGGGACGUCCGCCGCGACACCGCGCUCUCGUACCAGCUGGCCUUCUUCCUCCGGAAGCACGGCUUUCCCGCCGAGCGGCACAUGCUCGGGCCCUACCCGCUGAGGGUGUGCGACCCAGAGGCCCGCAUCAACUUCGAGCCAGUGGAGGAGAGGGCCUGGCGGCCUGGGCUGCAGGAGGAGCCUCCGGCGCGCAAGCGGCGCCACCUGGAGGCGGUCGGCUGGCGCAGCAUCGAGGUCACCUCCUCGACCUGGGGCGCGCUGGGCAGCUACGAGUCCAAGGCCGCGCACGUGAGGCAGCUGCUGAAGAGGCACGAGCUCCUGGACGCGUGAGGUGCCCGCGGGGGGCCCCCGCGCCCGGGCCGCGGCUCCGGUGAGCUGGCCUCGGCACGGCGCUGCGGCAGCGCGCUCUUGCUCCCUGGUCUCUCCCGCCGGCCGCGCUCUCCCGGCCCUCUCCGGGCGCCUGGGUCGGGUAUGGCCGCCAUGGCCAGGACCCCGGGUGAGGGGACCCGGUUAGUGGUAGGGCCCCGGAGCCUUCGAAUGGGCCAGAGUCACUGAACCAGGUCUGCCAUAGCUGGUGUUUU